AUGUCAGGAAGGUGUUGUUGGGUCAAUAUAGGCAGGCUGCUGCGAUGGAGUGCCAUUGGCCAUCGAAUGCUCAGAAAACAAGUCCCAAAGGGUAUGGUCAUUCAACGAUUCAUGGCCACUGAUGACGCCCUUCCAAGAAAAAAGGACCCCCUUCGAGAGUUGAUCUUGGAGAAAGAAAGGGCAUUCAAACAAUUGAAAGAAUCAGAAGCAGAAGAAGAAGAAGAAAAAAGAAAUAAGCAAAAGAAAUUGCAGGAAGUGUCGAAGCAACAACCAAUGCUUGCGAUGCCAACGAUAGGUGCAAAAGAAUACGGAGAAUUGAUGGAACAAUCCAAGAAGAUUCAAGAUCAACAACUGAAACUUUUGAAAGAAAUGGAAAAGUACACCAUAGCAUUGGACAUGCCAAACCAAACAUUAUCUUCACCAUCAUCACAAGACAUAUCCCAACAAUUGAGUUAUUAUUUGCAAAGUAAACCAUUAGAAAUGUACCAAGAAUAUUCAAAAUUUUCAAAGAAAUACUAUCAAGAACAAAUCACGGUACUAAACCAGUAUCUUCUGGAGAAGAAACACCUUGCGUACGAGAAUUUGGGAUUAUUAUCUAAACUCAUCAAUGAUAUCACCGGCUACACUGAAGUAAAUAAAAUUAAGCAGAAUAUCGACGCCCUUGAAAUUCAAGUGGGCCAGGCUCAGAAAUCGGUGAAACUACAAAAACAAAACUACACUGAUGUGGUCGAGAGAAGAACCCAAACCCAAAAAGAUAUCAAUGAGUUGUUGACAAGAAAACAUGAAUGGACCCCCAAUGAUUUGGAACUGUUUACUGAAUUGUAUCGAGAAGACCAUUCAUCGGAUAAACUAGUGUCCGAGGCCGCCAAUGCGUUGGAACAAAGUGAAAUCGAUCUUGAAGCCACUAGACUGAAAUUAUUGAAAGAAAUCUCUAAUAAAUAUCACGAGGAAUACCUUUGGAACAACAAGAUGAAAAGCCUUAGUACUUGGGUCACCUUGGGUUUGAUGGUGUUAAAUAUUGUGAUUUUAAUCCUUACACAGAUUUUCUUCGAGCCAUUGAAGAUCGAAAGAAUCAUGAGUCGGUUUGAGCAUAGGCUUGUUGACAAUCCUUUGAUAAAGCUUGAACGUAAUUUACAACAGCUUGAUGAAUCACUAAAGCGAUUGGAAAGCAAUCAGGGCCAAUUGAUGGAAAAAUUGAAUGCACCAGCAGAAAAAGUCAUUGCUGUAAUUGAACAAACCAAAGAUGAGCCGCAGAUUGCUGAUAAAUUGGAUAAAACCCCAGAACCAGAAAUAAUAUCUAAUAAUACCAAUUUUAUUCGAAAGAUUAGGGAACUGAUAAAUAUUGAUAUCAAGGCAUGGAAAGCUUGUGUUGCGAAUGUUUAUCAUAAUUUCAAACUUUCGUCAUUCAAGCCAUCAAUGCUACAAAUGCCAAAAAUUCCAACAAUCCCUAGUUCUUUCAACUUAGGGCUUGAGCAACAAGAUUAUGUUGCCAUUGCCACGGUCACCAUGUCGAUAACGUUGCUUGCCGGGUACUUGAUCAACAGUUUUGGGUUUUGA